CCAGACUAGCUCUUUUACAUUCAACCCCACGCGGUGACAUCAACCCAGGCUGGGAUUGCUUCCUGUAGUUGAGGGACAUGAACCAUGUCCAGUUCUUUUAUGUCAGGAAUGCUGUUUUUCAAUCACUCCUGUAGAACAUUUCAAACCAGUGCAAUCAGUCCAUUUCAACCCCUCUCUUCAACUCUGUCUCUGCUGUCAGAUCUUUGGGGAGACAGAGCCGGUGCGGAUGACGUCGGAGGGCUCAGACUGUCGCUGUAAGUGCAUCAUGAGGCCGCUGAGCAAGGAUGCAUGCCAGCGUCUGCGGAGUGGCAGCGUGCGCGUGGAGGACUUCUACACGGUGGAGACCGUCAGCUCUGGAUCGGACUGCAAGUGUUCCUGCACGGCCCCCCCCUCCUCCCUCAACCCCUGUGAGAAUGAGUGGAAGAUGGAGAAGCUGAAGAAACAGGCCCCUGAACUGCUCAAGGUGAGUUGCAUCAGUAACAGACACAACUGUAACUUGGUGGUAAAAUAACCUUAGAACUGUAAAUGUUGGUAGUAAAAUCAGUUAAUUGACUGUGUAAAGAUUGUGACAGAGACCCUGAUUGCAUGUGUGUGGUUUGGUCCUGAAUAUAUACUGUACGUAACCAUGGGAGAAGCAGAAACAGGAUAUCCUUAUAAUUGUUCAAAUUAAAGCUUUAAAGUAUCCCAGGUUGUUACACAGACAAUUUACCAUGAGGUCACUGGAUUCUCUAUCUGUUGAUAACAUAUCGGCACCUCUCAGGAUGCACGUAUCUGAAGCACACAUACAUUUUUCACUGGCAGUGAGAGGAGAGGAGAUGAGGCAUGCUAUGUGCCACAUGAAGAGAAGAACCAGAACCAGAUGUGUGAUCUGACUCGGUUUAGACGUAGCCAUAGAUUAAGCCUGAUUGUCAAGGUGCUCCAUAUCUUAUAAAGAAUCAAUUGAAUUGCAUUACAAAGGAAGGCUCAAAAUAACUUUUUGGGGAGGGCUUUUAAUGCAAUACGAGAGCCAAAUUGCUGAAACAGUGGAUUUGGAGUUGGCAGGUGUCUGAUUCAUGACAGAGAUCAGGAUAGUAGAAAGCAGCACCCAUUGUUAAGUCAAUACUUUUAAAUUAAAAUAGGCGUGGGUGGUUUUAGGUGUUAUUGAAUUCACUCAAUUAAACGUAAACUUGUCAAACAUGUCAACAUAGUUUUUCGCUCCUUUAUUAUGUUUUGUGCUAAUACUCUGUGCUGUGUGUGGGUGUACAGCUGCAUUCCAUGGUGGACCUACUGGAGGGGACGCUGUACAGUCUGGACCUCAUGAAGGUCCACUCCUACAUCAAUAAGGUGGUCUCCCAGAUGAACACACUAGAGGAGGUAAGGACAAAAGACCAACCUCCUUGUAGAGUACAACAAGUAACACAAUAACAAGGACAUAAAACAAAAACCAGGGAACACUAGGUUUGCAUGCCUUCCUAUAUACUGUAUUUGAGUGUAUUUGGGUUCUUGCCAAGCUGUUAUAGCUGUAUAUGGUCCUUAUGCAGGACAGAGAGCUGAUUAAAUGGUUUGUGAUUGGAUACCAGUGACCCCCCCCCCCCCCCCCUCUAAACGGCAUGGUUACAGUAUCCACAGAGUUUUCUUUAACCCCCACAGCUAUUCACUAGUCAAACAGGAGAAGAUGGACUACAGGGGGGAGAGAGAGAUUUGUGUGACUGGUUCUCCCAGGUUUUGUGUUUAUAAUGUUUUUACAAAAGGGGUCUGUUUUCGUUAGCAAGGUUAUUUGCCUUUGGUUGGUACAAUGGACUGGCCUGAGUCUUAGAACACAUCUGUUUCCCCAGACAAUCAAGACCAACCUGACUCGGGACAAUGAGUUUGUAAGGGACAGCAUGAUCACUCUGACCAACCAGUUUAAGAGGUAUGAGAACUACUCCAACAUCAUGAUGAGCAUCAAGAAGCAGAUCUCCAGUUUGGGCCUGCAGCUACUGCAGAAAGACCAAACAGAGACCAAAGCUCAGGUAAGUGUGUCUCUCAAACACACACACACACACACACAAAAGCUUGCUCACAAAUUACACAUCAAACACACAAAUCAACGUUCACAUGUCCGCUGAUGCACCGUAACUCACAGGCUUUAAUUGAGUGUCAAUGUUUACAGGAAACCAAUAAUGAGAAAACCAAGGACGCCAUAAAAAACCCUAACAAAAAGCCCCCUGCAUCCAAGCCCCCUCCCAAGCCGCCCAAGGAAAAGGUCGUAAAACCCAAGAAAGAGGGCACCAAGCCUGGGAAACCUGUCAAGCCUGACCCCACAGCCAAGGCCAAGGUGGCAGGGCACCAGCCGGGGGUAGUGAGGGGCAUCACCUACUACAAAGCAGCCAAGGUGGACGGGGACGAGCACGGCACAGUUGGUAAAGGUGAGAGAACAGGUGGUAAAGGUGAGAGAACAGGGGGUAAAGGUGAGAGAACAGGUGGUAAAGGUGAGAGAACAGGUGGUAAAGGUGAGAGAACAGGGGGUAAAGGUGAGAGAACAGGGGGUAAAGGUGAGAGAACAGGUGGUAAAGGUGAGAGAACAGGUGGUAAAGGUGAGAGAACAGGUGGUAAAGGUGAGAUAACAGGUAGUAAAGGUGAGAGAACAGGUGGUAAAGGUGAGAGAACAGGUGGUAAAGGUGAGAGAACAGGUGGUAAAGGUGAGAGAACAGGUGGUAAAGGGUGGUAAAGGUGAGAGAACAGGUGGUAAAGGUGAGAGAACAGGGGCCGAUACACAUGGUCGCCCUGUUCAUGACUAAAUUUUGCACAAGCAUUUCGCUACACCCGCAAUAACAUCUGCUAAGUAUGUGUAUGCGACCAAUACAAUUUUAUUUUAUUUUAUUUGAUACAGGGGGAGAGUUGGACCACUCUCUCUCCCAGCCCAGUGUGUGCAUGUGUAUGGAGCCCCCUCACCCCUAAAGUCAACAUUGGGCUGUGACUUCAGCUGAGUUAGCAGCACAGCCUGUAUGAGAUCAUCUGUGUGCUGUUCUAAUGUGCUCAGACCCUAUUGUGAUUGUUCUAAACUAAACCAACUCAAAUUACUAAAUUAUACUCUUGGAUCUGAUCUACAUUACAUUAUGCUGGAUCAGCAUUAUACCAGACUGUAUUUCAGAUUCCCAACAGAAACAGAUAUUGUACGUCUCUAUCGCAUAUUUUCUUUUUUUGUGUAGAGCAAGCCAUUAAGAUUUGAAUGAAAUAUGUUGUUCUUACACAAGUGUGAUAAAAGUGUGUAAAUCUUCGUACUAUACUCUUGGCAUCUUGGAAACGAAACAGUGAAACAGUGAAACAGUGAAUCCUUCACCGUGUAGAUCACCAGAUCCACAGUACAAGAUUUAUCCUGCUGUUGUUUCCAACAAAGCAGGGCUUGGGCCAUCAGAGGAUUGAAUUGCUUGUGUGCAUUCAGCGAGCAGGAAAUCCAAAUGCUUAAAUAAUACAUAGACCUAAUGGAAUGUCAUUUCAAUGGAACAUUGCCACAUCUAUGACAUGCCUCAGCUUCACUCCUCGCACACAAUGUGUGGAGAACCCUCAUCAGUGUGCCGAUGAAAGCUGACAAACAUUUCCUGACUCCUUACAAUCCUAGUUGAAUAGAUACUGUAGGUAUGCUAGAUUUUCUCAGGGCACACACGCACAUAUGCUGUCAGGUCAUUUGUUCUGCCAUGCCUAGCCGUUUAGCCAUACUUUGUUGAGUGCAUCCACACUUGUCAACCCAGUGAAGCGAUUCAGCUUCGUUUCCAUAAUCUCUCACAAAGAGCAGUUAGCCUUUAUUCAAAGGCAAAUGUUAAUCAGAAGUCUUGCAUCUAUUAGAUAAAGGACAAUGUGGCUUUUGAAGUAUCAAGCAACACUGCUUUUCUUUCACCACAUACUUUAGAGACCUACAGCACAUUCUCCUAUCUAUGCUGCCUGACUGACUCCUAAGGCUGUCCCUGGCUGUCCCUCUUGUUGUUAGGCCUUCAGUAGAUACAUGUGGUCAAGUGGUGUUGGACGGCUAGCACCCUGAGGUUCAGAGUGCGCGUGUCGUGCAGAUGCGCUGCUUACGUAGCAGGCAGAGACGUUUUAUCUCACACAUCUGUCUGGCAGCACAGGAAGUGAGAGUAUGAGUAACAGAGGGGAGCAGCCUCAGGCUGGCCCACUCCUCCUGACACUAUCCUCUGUUCUGCUAUACUCUCUCUAUGGCCAGGGAUAAGAAAAUGCCAUGUGAGGGCUGUGGAAUUCGGAAUACAAACAGAGACGCAGAGACAGCGGGACAGACUUGGUAACAGAGGAGGGGACAGAGAAAGUUAGAGGAAGCUGGCAUGCUCUGUGUGCUACAUAACUAAUGCAUUCUUCUUUGAUGUGGCCCCGGGAAAUCUGUGGUACUGUAUAGUGUCUGUCUCUCUGACAGAGGUCUCAAAAGCAGCUCAUACCGGGCCUGUUUGACUAAUUUAGCAAGCUAAUUCUAAUGAAAACUAGUGAAGACAAGGCCCCUCCAGAAUUUGAAUCUUCCUCCUCAGGGUAACUAAAUCCCAACACUUGUCUUUAUCCUCAGACAACGCUGCCAAGACUCACACCGUCCACCAUGUCAAAGAGACACACUCUGAGGACGGAGGUGCUGAAAUUGUCCUGGAAACCAUUGAGGGAACCACAGCUGAGCCGACAACUACCAAAGAAACUGCUGCCACUACCGCAACCACCACCACUACCACGAGCACGACAACAACGGCAGCAACAACAACAGCCAGUACCACAAUGCCAUCCACUACCACCACCACCACCACCACCACCACCACCAGUGUAGCAAGAGUUGAAAGGCUAGACAGACCAGCCCCCACCAUCAUGCUGUUCCUAGACAACUCUGACAACAACAGCCGGCCAAUCUUACACAGAGCAGGUAUCCUGACCUACACAAUUGCCUACUGUAGUGUACAUUAUACUACACCAUAUAACAACUAAAUGUGCUCAUUGACAGCAAUAGAGACAGUCAGUGCUAUGACUCUGUCCAGUUCAGUAACGGAUAAACAUGUAACGCUUAGCUACCAGAAUAUGUGUGACCGUGAAAUUGGAUGAUUGAAAACUCAUGCAGGCCAUUCUUUAUCCAGUUUUCGUGUUGACUGUAUUGUACUGUACUUGGCAGGGAAGAUCCUGGACUGUGAGGGGACCCUGGCCUCUAUCGAGCUCCCAGAGAAGCAGCACAGCUACGGGCGGAACGAAGGAGCCUGGAUGAAGGAUCCCCUGGCCAAGGACUCCAAGAUCUACGUCACCAACUAUUACUACGGCAACAACCUGGUGGAGUUCCGAAACCUGGACAACUUCAAACAAGGUGGGCAUGGCAUGGAGAUUGAGUACUGUUAUAUCAUUAUAAUUGUUGUAUUUUGUCAUUCAAUUUCUAUGGAGCAUGGGGUUUCAACUGUACAUCUGUGGAAUGAGAUCAGUGUGACAGUAUUAUGGUCUCUAUUGAUCUGUAGUGACCCAUUAAAUGUAGUGAGAAUAAAGUGACCCAUGAAAUGUAGUGAGAAUAAAGUGACCCAUGAAAUGUACUGAGAAUAAAGUGACCAAUGAAAUGUACUGAGUAUACACUAUAGUAGCUUGAGACUCAAACAUGCAGGUUUUAGUUGUAAUACUGUGCUUUUCAUUUCACACACAAAGUUUCUAACCCCCCCUUCUUGCACUAGUACUUGGCGAGAGAAAUAGGAUUACUCCUCUUAACUGACUGGUUAAAAUGAUCUCUCUCACAGGACUACUAGUCUGGUUGAUUUAGAGGUGUUUGGACAGAAGCUUUUUUUAACUCACAUCUUACAAAGCGUACAGAGAUUUUGCUAUGAUAUCCAGUAGGGUGGUGAGUUCACAGCAGUGUGCGGAUGACUAGGUAUCUCUGUGAGUGGCUGUGAUCCCUGCCUAGGCUGACAUGUGCCUCUCCUUUGAACUGGCCAGAGCUGAGAGGGAUUAGAGGCAUGGGCUGGGGGAAGGGGGGGGGGGGGGGGGGGAUACUGCACUACGGGUUGUUUUUGUCCUUCACUGCAGCUUCAUUCAUUAUCUAAAUCCCACUUCCUGAGGUGGAAAUGUUAGAGAGCGAUGUGACCAGAUAUGAUCAUGACACUAAUAACAGGACAUCUGUGUGGACAGUGGGAGUGGGACAGUCAAACAGAAACUAACCAGUCUCUCAUGUGAAACCAUUAUACAUUUAUGGUAUAACUAUUAAACACCUCAAUGGUGCCCAGAAUGACUUGACAGUACAUGUGUAUAUAUAAGAUGGCAUGAUGUUAGCAUACUAUAAGGGGGGUAACAUGAUAUGCAGUUAGUGCUCACUAAACAUCCCUAUUUUUGGUCCUGUUAGGUCGCUGGAGCAACCUCUUCAAACUGCCUUACAACUGGAUCGGCACGGGUCAUGUGGUGUACAACGGAGCCUUCUACUACAACAGAGCUUUCACCAAGAACAUCAUCAAGUACGACCUGAGGAUACGUUACGUGGCCGCCUGGACCCUUCUGCAUGACGUGGUUUAUGAGGACACCACCCCCUGGAAGUGGAGAGGUCACUCGGACAUUGACUUUGCCGUGGACGAGAGUGGGUUGUGGGUGAUCUACCCUUCCAUGGACUAUGACUACUCCCAGCAGGAGGUGAUUGUAAUCAGUAAGCUGGAUCCUGGGGACCUGUCCAUGAAGAAGGAGACCACCUGGAGGACGGGCCUGAAGAGGAACUCCUACGGGAACUGCUUCAUCAUCUGUGGGGUGCUGUACGCUGUGGACGUCUAUAACCAGAAGGAAGGGGAGGUGAACUAUGCCUACGACACCCACACCAGCUCAGAGGCUAUCCCUCGCCUGUCCUUCACCAACGAGUACGCCUACACCACCCAGAUAGACUACAACCCCAAGGAGAAAGUCCUGUACGCCUGGGACAAUGGACACCAGCUCACAUAUAACAUACACUUUGUUGACCAAUGAGCACAGGUGUUUUGUGCUCAGGUAAAGUAUCAUCAGCAUCAUGGCAGGGUCGCCAUCCCCAUAGCGAUAAGAGAGAUGCUCAGUAAUGGACAGUCCAGCAGCACCCAUAUUGGAUUCAGCAGCCAACAUUCCUCUUUCAAUGCAUGCUAACCAAGACACUUGACAGCAUACCAGAGUGGUCCUCUGUAGCUCAAUCGGUAGAGAAUGGCGCUUGUAACGC